GCAUAAGGUCUUUGGCUGAAGCCUGGGGCCUCUUCCCAGACAUCUAUCCCCACAUAUAGGGAGUAGGGUCACCAUCCCAUUCUGAGGCUCAGCUACCUGAGAGGUAUGGAGUCAGGGUGCCUCAGUGAGCAGAGGCCAUCCUGCCUUGCCUCCAGGGUAGAGGGAACAGCCUGGCCAGGUGCAGGCACGGGGCAACUGCUCUUGGACGUGCACAGCCAAGUCGUCAUGGAGACCACACAGAGGACCUACGUGUACCAACCUCCAGACACAAGUUCUGCAAGGGCCCCGUCCAUGCAGGUCACUAUUGAGGAUGUACAAGUCCAAGUAGGUGACAUGGCACAGUUUGACGCUGUCAUUGAAGGCAACCCACCGCCCACAGUGACCUGGUACAAGGAGAGCAACCAGCUGGUGAACAGUGCCCGGCUGAGCCAGAGGCAGGACGGAACUACAUAUUCCUUGGUGUUGACUGACGUGGCCCCACACGAUGCUGGCGUCUACACAUGUGUUGCCCAUAAUGCAGGUGGACAGGUGCUCUGCAAGGCAGAGCUGCUGGUCCAUGGGGGGGACAAAAUAGACUCAGAAAAGCAAGCCUAUCGGAGAAAACUGCAUUCCUUCUAUGAGGUCCAAGAAGAGAUUGGGAGGGGUGUGUUUGGUUUUGUGAAAAGAGUUCAGCACAAAGGAAACAAAUUGUCCUGUGCUGCCAAGUUCAUCCCAUUACGGAGCAAGACUCGGGCCCAGGCAUACCAGGAACGAGACAUCUUAGCUACCCUCAGCCACCCACUGAUCACUGGCCUCCUGGACCAAUUUGAGACACGGAAGACUCUCAUCCUUAUCUUGGAACUGUAUCCUGCACCUUGCCCCCUGGGGAGGGUUCAUGAGGCAUCGGGUCCCCAGCCUGGGGCUGGAGUUUCUGAGUGGGGCCCCUGGACCUGGGUGCUGUAG